UUAAUUAAAAAAACAGAAAAACAAAGGUUAACAACCCAACACCAAACAUUUUAACAAAUUCCAAAUCCAAGUGCCAAUUCUACAAGUGACGUUUGAAAAGAUCGAAUGGAAAAAAUGUUUAUAUAAUGUUACUUCCCAUUUGGUCUUCUCUUCAAACAUCUCUCGACAAAAAAAAGAAGUUGCACAAUGGUGAACUUUGUUGAGGUACAAAAACCAUUGUUAUACGGUCUGAUGAAAAUGGCCGGCGUCGUUCCUUACACUUUAGAGAUCGAACCAGGGACGAAGAUAAACUUUUGGGUCCCUAAGGAAACCCUAAAGAAGAAAUCCUGUACCGGAAAACCAACUAAACCCGAUAAACCGAAAAAGCCUGCCGUUUUGUUAAUCCAUGGUUUCGCCGGCGAAGGAAUCGUGACGUGGCAGUUCCAAGUCGGUGCAUUAUCCAAGAAAUACUCGGUCUACAUACCGGACCUCCUCUUUUUCGGUGGAUCCUACUCCGACAACUCGGACCGGUCUCCGGCGUUUCAAGCCGACUGUUUGGUCAAGGGGCUACGUAUCCUCGGCGUGGAUAAGUUUGUUCCCGUAGGGUUUAGCUACGGGGGCAUGGUGGCUUUCAAGAUCGCUGAGGCUUACCCGGACAUGGUUAGAGCAAUCGUUGUGUCUGGUUCGAUUCCCACGAUGACCGAUACCAUUAAUGAGGCGAGCUUGAACCGGUUAGGGUUUAGUUCUUCCACGGAUCUCUUGUUACCGACUUCGGUUAAGGGACUUAAGGCUCUCUUCACCAUUGCUGUGCAUAAACCCAUGUGGUUCCCUAAACGAUUGUUCAAAGACUACAUCGAGGUAAUGUUUAACAACAGGAAAGAAAGAGCUGAACUGUUAGAGGCUGUUGUAGUCAGCAACAAGGAAGCGCAAAUCCCUCAUUUCCCACGGAAAAUACAUUUCUUAUGGGGUGAAAGUGAUCAAAUCUUUGAUCUCGAAUUGGCUAGAGACAUGAAAGAACAACUAGGUGAGAAUGCAACAAUAGAGAGUAUAAAGAAGGCAGGCCAUUUGGUACAAUUGGAAAGACCUUGUGUUUACAACAGGCGUCUCAAAAAGUUUCUUGCAUCUAUUCACUCUGAAGAUAAAUAUCUUCAAUAAAUAUAAUUUAAAAUGCUAUUAAGUUUUAUUUGAUCCUGAUAUGUAUAUGGAUCAUUUAUGUCGAGAUUGUAUAAUUAUUGGGUUGCUUUACUUGAUUUGUCUUUUGAUU